UCCAAAUAUCAUAGAUGAUAGACAGAUUACAUUUAUCCAAUCAAACAACUUCCUCACUCUCUUCUUCACUCCACUGAAAACCAGUAUAGCACAGCCAUGUCUUUAGAACUUUGGAGCUCAGCAAUUUCCAUGAAUCUUUCAUUCCAUACUCGUUCUUCUUCUUUCUCAUUCUUACCCACCAAUAAUUUCCACCCUCUUCGCUUAACCAAAUCCAACAACACCCUUUACAAAUUCCUCCAUUUUUCUCCUUCUUCCCGCCAAUUCUCUGCCCUGCAACACCAAUUUUCCAAAGCUCCAACCCAUUUAUCUGCUUCAUCCUCUGCUACGUCUUCGACCGCGAAUGCCGAAAAGGAAGAUAGGCUUCCUGCUGAUCUUGACAUCACAGAGAUUCAGGAACCCAAUUCUAGAGUCAAGUUGACUGUGAGUGUUCCAUCAGAAGUAUGUGAAGAUUGCUAUGAAAAAGUUAUGCGAGAGCUUUCGAAGCAGGCUAAGGUUCCUGGAUUUCGACCUGGAAAGCAAGUUCCAGACAGUAUUCUUAUUAGCUAUGCUGGGAAGCGAAAUGUUGAAAGGGCUACUAUUGAGUCUAUACUCAAAAGGACCCUUCCUCAUGCCUUGUCAUCGGUAAAUGAAAUAGCUUUACAAGAUUCCGUUAGAAUCGUUACUUCCUUUGCAGAGUUGGAGAAGAUGUAUGCCUCAUCAAAUUCUUUGAAGUUUGAUAUCAUCGUAGACGUGAUGCCUGAAGUGAGAUGGAAUCCUGAAGAUGGAUACAAGAACUUAAAGAUUGUUGUUGAAAUAGAUAAUGAAAUAACUGCUGAGGUAGCUUGCGAACGAGAGCUAAAACGUCGCCAUAAAACAUUAGGUCUAAUGAGAAUAGUGACUGAUAGAGGGCUUCAGGUUGGUGAUGUUGUGGUAGUGGAUAUAUCAGCAGCAACACUUGAGGAAGGUGGGAAAGGUUCUCAAAAGAUUCCAUCUGCCGAGAGCAAAGGUUUCAACUUUGACACAGAAGAUGCUGAAACUGUUCUUCCUGGUUUCCUUGAUUCUAUAAUUGGAAUCCGGCAAGGUGAAACAAAAUCCUUUCCACUUGUGUUUCCUGAAUCGUGGAAACAAGAAGAUCUUCGUGGAGUGCAAGCUCAAUUCACAGUAGAGUGUAAAGAACUAUUUUACAGAGAGCUACCACCGCUUGAUGAUUCCCUUGCUGAACAGCUUCUGCCAGGAUGUUCAACAUUGGAGGAGGUCAGGGAAGCUUUGCUGCAGAGAUGCCGAGAGCUGGAGAAAACAGCCAAGGAACAAGCAACAGAUAAUGCAAUCCUAGACCAGAUUCGUAAGAUGGUCGAAGUUGAUAUUCCUCAGUCCUUGUAUGAGGAAGAAGGCAGGCAGAUGUUUGGAUCAAAACUUCUUGAAGUUCAGGCACAAAUGAAGCUAACUGACGAGCAGUUGGCAUCCUUGACAAAUCCUAAGACUGUAAGUGAGUACAUCGAACAAGAGAAAGAAAAUAUAAUUCAGAUCAUAAAACAGAAUCUGGCUGUAGGAGAUAUUUUCAAACGAGAAAAUUUGCAGGUAUCAACCGAUGAAGUGGUCAAGGAGGUUGAAAACUCCAUUGCAGAAUUUAAGAAACAUCAGCAAGACUACGAUGAAGAACGUGUCAGAGGACAGGUUGAAGAGGUUCUGGAGGGAGCAAAAGUGCUCGAGUGGCUGAGAGAACAUGCUGAAAUUCAGUAUAUUAUCAGGUGAAAAGCAGAAAACUAUACUCAGAACUGGGAAGAAAACCUGUUUUGUUGCUCAUUCGGUAAUUAAGCUACUUCAGAUGCUCUAUAGUCUGUUUAUCAAUGAGGCCGCGUUAUUUGACACUGCAUGGGGUGUGACCCAAAUUUGAGUUACUUAUAGAGAUGUUUUGCCCGUGACUCAAAAAUUUUGUAAUUGGAGUGUUGGCAUUUGAAGUAUCAGUUUUAUUGUAUAUAGGAAGUAGCUACUUAACUUCAGUUGUUUCUUUAGUGAUCUUUUCUUUUCAGUCACAUAUUAAUAUUUUGGUAGCACAUAAUUACAUAGUAAGACCAAUAUAAAUGAUCAGAUAUUUGAUAAAGAGAAGAAAAGGCCUUAAAUGGGUUGAGGUGAGGAUUGAUAUCAAUCCUCCCUCUGUCGUCUAGAUGCAAGGGUUUGAUUCUUGUGGGAUACAAGGACUGGGAACACUAGGUAUGCAAGUCUAACUCGAGAGAGGACAUGUUUGAUGUAGCCUGUAUAAUAUUAAAUAUCGAUCCAAGGAAUUUUUGUAA